CAUGGGCUGGGGGCCCGGGCCCGGGGGCCGCCCGCCGGGCCUCCCGCUGCCGCCGCCGCUGCUGCUGCUGCUGCUGCUCGGCCAGGCCCGCGGCGGCCCCGGAGCGCCGGGCGCGGACGGUUUGAAUGUCUGUGCCACUUGCCAUGAGCAUGCUACCUGCAAGCAAGAAGAGGGGAAGAAGAUGUGUAUUUGCAACUAUGGAUUUGUGGGCAAUGGGAGAACCCAGUGUAUUGAUAAAAAUGAGUGUCAGCUUGGAGCCACCGUGGUCUGUGGGAACCACACAUCUUGCCACAACACGCUCGGGGGCUUUUAUUGCAUCUGCCUAGAAGGCUACCGAGCCACGAACAAUGACACGACCUUCAUCCCCAACGACGGCACCUUCUGCGCAGACGUAGAUGAGUGUGAGUCUUCUGGCCUGUGUGGGCAUGGCGCGCGGUGUGUGAACACACAAGGCAGCUUUGAAUGCUACUGUCUGGAUGGAUACUCUCCAAGGAACGGGCCUGUGCCUUUCCACCCAGCCCGGGAGGCCACGUCAUGCACAGCCAUAGACUGUGGUCCCCCUCCUGACGUCCCAGAUGGCUACGUCCUAGGAAAUUAUACCUCUCAGCUUGGAAGUCAGGUCCGUUAUGCUUGCAAAGAGGGAUUUUUCAGUGACUCAGAGGAUAUAGUCUCCAGCUGCACUUCCUCAGGCACCUGGGAGUCUCCAAAACUAAUUUGCCAAGAGAUCAACUGUGGCCAUCCUCCUGAAGUGCAGCAUGCCUUCCUGGUGAAGAACCACAGCUCCAGCCUAGGUGGUGUGGCUCAUUACAGGUGCCAGGAGGGCUUUGAGAGCCCAGCAGGACCCAUCACUUCCGUCUGCACAGAGAAAGGCACCUGGAGUGAAAGUCCUCUGACUUGCACAGAAAUAAUCACAAAAAUCAGCGACCUCUCCGUGUUUAAUAAGACCUGUGUGAGGUGGCAAGUAAACCCAGGCAGCCUGCCGUCCAGGACGACGUACGUGAUCCACAUCAAAGGACAACAGCUGGACCCUCAGGACUUGCCACACGAGGAGACCGUCACCUUGACCACCGACAGCAGGACCCCAGCAGUGUGCCUGGCUCUGCAGCAGGCCACCAACUACACCGUGAGCAUUACCACUGCCCCUCCCAGACGCUCAGUGCCAGCCGUCAUUGGGUUCGAGACAGCUGUCGAACAGCCUGUCAGCAACGUCUCGGUAUUCAAUGACACCUGCCUUCGCUGGAGACACAGGAAGACAGCUGGCCUCCAGGAGAUGUACCUAUUCCACGUUCAGGGCCAGAGAUGGUACCAGAAAGAAUUUGCCCAGGAAGUGGUCUUCAACAUCAGCACCAGCAGCCAGACCCCCGAGGUGUGUUUGUCUCUGCGUCCGGGUACCAACUACAGUGUCAGCAUCCAGGCUUUGUCGUCUAAACUGCCUGUGGUCGUCUCCCUGACAACCCCAAUAACAGACCCGCUGCUCCCGGAAGUGGACUUCCACACUGUGCACGGAGGGCCCCUCCCUCGCCUGAGACUGAGGAGAGCCUCGGAGGCAAAUGGACCCAUCAGCAACACUUCUAAUGCUGAUGGAUACGUGGCUGCAGAACUACUGGCCAAGGAUGUUGCAGAUGAUGUCAUGGAGCUCUCUAUCGGAGAUAGGCUAUACUAUGGGAAAUAUUACAAUGCACCCUUGAAAACAGGCAAUGAUUACUGCAUUAUAGUGCGAAUCACAAGUGAAUGGAAUCAGGACAGAAGAGUCUCCUGUGCUGUGUGGGCUCGGGUGAAAGGUUCCUCAAUCACGCUGCAGCAGAUAGCGGGCAUUGGGCUGGGCUCCGUGGCUGUUGUGGUGGUCCUUGCAACCCUCUCUUUCACUGCAGUGUGAUUCUUCUACACGAUUCUGCAUGGGAGGAUGAGAAGCUGCUGGGGGCCCAUAAUGUGACAAGUCCUUGGAUGUCUGCUUACAGGCUGCCCGUGGCUUCUGUCUCCAGGUGUACUUGCACAGUUUUCCCCAUUCCCAAUGGGGUCUUGAUCUCCGAUUCAGGACGGGAGCUCUCCGUGGAAACCCCUAGCGGAGAGAGCUCAGGUACCAUGUGCGUCGUUCCUGCUGCAGCACACCAGGUCUGUGUCCACGACCGGGAGCUCCUCGACAGUCAGCGAAUUUCUGAUCAUGGGCUCCAGACCCUGCGUCGGGCACCGAAUGGUGCCUGAGAGAAUCCUCCCAUAGACGUUGGCUGCAGGAAUCUCCUCCUCUUCCUUUCUAGCACAUUCAUGAAAUAAUCCAGGGUUCGUCCUCUCUCUGCCAGUAGGCAGUGGGAUGAACUUCACUUUGGGCUCAGAAUUGGCUCCAUGAAGGAGGUCAUUGAAGAUCUUACAGAGCGCUAGCCCGGGUAGCAUACAGAGUCAGCCAGCUUUAGAGAAGCAGCCCCUCGCCUCCAGUUCAUGGGCCAGCGGGUGAGAAAGUGUGCCACUUUCCAUGAGUUCCCUGCCCUGUCAAGCGGGCAACAUUGCUUUCAUACUCUUGAGUUGUUGUAAUAUGUAUUAAAAAACCCACAAGUCUUCAUUCAGCAGAGAUACUGUAAUUUAAACUCUUCUUUCCUUCCUCAAGAAUGUUUAUAGUAGCUUGAGUUAAUGUUUUACUGCCAAGUAUCUCUCUGAAGUGCUCUGCACCUUCCUUUAUUUCUUUGUUUUGCUGUGGGGGUAUCUAGGGGUCACACCCAGACUCCUCGCCAUGCUCAGGGCACUAUAUAGGAUGCCAGGGGUAGAACCCGGGCCAGCCACAUGUAGGGCGAGUACCUUCCCUGCCGUACUAUCUCUCCGACCCUGCAUCUCUCUUUAGAUUUGGUGCUAGUGUGGUUUGUCAAGGCAGGUGCUCUCCCACCCUGCCCAGGGUUGUGUAGUUAGUGGGUGGAGACAGAAUCAUGCUCCUGGCCAGAGUCUACGCAUAUUUACAGUGAGGCCAGUACAAUGUGGAUGGCACGAGCAUCCCUUUAUCCACUCAGAAGCUCUUAUCGGGCCAUGAACCAUGACAUAGGAGAUAAUAGCAGUCCUGGGCCUGGGUCAAUAGGCUGAACCUCCAGAUGGAGGGUAUUAGAUUAGACUUAAAAACCUGAACCAGUUAUGUGUUGUAUGUGAUAUGUGCAUGCAUUAUACACACAUGUAAACACACACACGCAAAGCAAAAAUAAAUAAAUAAAUAAAUAAAAGCCUGACUCAAUAAUCCUUA